AGUAAAAAAAAAAAAAAAACGAAAUAAAAUCGUCGUCGCCGUCGGUUUUUGUGUGUUAAACUUUCCAUACAGUUUCGUUGUCGACCGAUUAUACGCGCGCAUGUAGUUUCGCUGUUUGGCUCAGCUUGGAAAAACGAUUUUGUCAAUCGCUCCGACGGUUAACGGCAUGCUGCUAACGCACAACAAGAACACGGCGCUGUCGGACAGCCGGCCGUCGGCUGCGGCCACGGACGGCGCACCGUCCGCCGACCCGCAAGCCCCUCAGCAGCGGGCGGCGGUCGUGCCCAGACCCUCUUCGGCCGUGGUCGUGCGGGGUGCUUACAAACAGUACAACCAAAUGGCCGUCCUCAAAGACCUCAACCUAACGGUGCCCGACGGGAAAAUUUACGGUUUACUGGGGCCCAGCGGAUGUGGAAAAACGACAUUGUUGAGUUGCAUAGUGGGAAGAAUUCAUUUGGAUUCCGGUACAAUCAAACUCAAAGGCAAACACAUCGGAGACAUCGGGUACAUGCCCCAAGAAUUGGCCUUACACGGCGAACUGUCGGUCAGGGAAACGUUCAUCUACUACGGUUAUAUAUUCGAUUUGUCCAACAAAGUCAUCGAGAAGAGAGCGCAAGAGCUCAAGAACCUUUUGAAGUUGCCUUCUUACAAACUCAUCCUGAACGACCUGAGCGGCGGACAACAGAGAAGAGUAUCGUUAGCUGUGGCCAUGUUGCACGACCCCAAACUAUUAAUUUUGGACGAACCGACGGUCGGUUUGGACCCUUUAAUUAGUCAAAGUAUCUGGGAAUUGCUGUUAGAGUUGACGUCAAAAGAGGGGAAAACUGUGAUAAUCACAACGCAUUACAUAGAAGAAGCUAAACAAGCGAACAUGAUAGGUCUUAUGAGAAAAGGAACGUUGCUGUCCGAAGCGACACCUACGGAGCUGUUGACUUCGUGCAAUUGUUCGUACUUGGAAGAAGCUUUUUUGAAAAUCUGCCAGAAUCACGUGGAGAAGACGAACAGUUUUAAAAUUCCAGUGAAACAACCGGCCAGAAGGUUUUCCUAUGCAAGAGAUUUGCCUCCUCCGCCGCUGUUCAACAACAAGCUGUUUACCUUCGGCCGUUUCAAAGCGCAGUUGUUCAAAAACGUUUUCCUGCUGAGGCGAAACAUACCUUUCGCGUUGUUCCUGAUAUGCCUGCCCAUCAUACAGACGGCCAUUUUCAACAUCACCUGUGGACACGAUCCCAAAGAACUGUCUUUGGGCGUUUUAAACGAAGAGGUUUCCAACGACUUCGAGGAAUGCGCGAACAUAACGAGAACGCCUACCAACUGCUUCUUGGACGGCGGCAUGGCCGUCAGUUGUCUGGUGUUGGACAAACUCAAGGAAAAAACUUUUCAACUGGUCAAGUUUUCUAACAUUGAAGAAGGCCACGCAGCGGUAAAUGAGAACAAGGUGUGGGGAUUCAUUCACUUUUCGUCAAAUUUCAGUGGCAGUCUCGCAACCAAAUUCAAUACAGGAGUGGAGGCUACCAACGACACUCUAAUGUCGUCCACUGUCGACGCUUGGAUAGACUCUGCUAACAAAUACAUUGCUGAAAUGAUUCGGAGGGACAUUUUAAAUAGCUACGACGAUGUCGUUGAAAACAUAUUGAUGAAUUGUGGCAUUUCCAAAAGAGUCGGUGACUCGCCCAUUCAGAUGCAAGAUCCAGUGUACGGUACGAAAAAUCCAAGUUUCAUACACUAUGCAGCACCAGCCAUUAUAGCACUAUGCGCUUUUUACUUGCCAGCAAUUUAUACCGGAGCUUCGAUUUUGUCGGAAAAAGAGGGAGGUGUCAUUGAUCGAGUCGUUCUCGCUGGAAUGAAUUUUAUUGAAAUUGCUUUGGCUCACGUUACCGUUCAAGUGGUGUUCAUAAUCAUUCAAACUUCACUGGUGAUGAUCGUUAUGUUUUGGUUCUUCCAAAAUCCAUUUGUCGGAGAUUUGUUUCCAGCAUUUUUACUAUUAACGCUCAUUGGGGCCGGCGGCAUGUGUUUCGGAUUUUUCGAAGCUAUUCUGUGCAAAACCAUGACGGAAGCGGCAUUUUUGGGAAUUGGUACAAAUUUCUUGUUGAAAUUCUUAUGCGGAUUGAUAUGGCCAACCGAGGGCAUCCAUUAUUUUCUCCGGAACGUCAGUUACUACUUGCCCUUGACGCUGUCCACGGAAUCACUAAGGUCACUAACAGGCAAAGGGUUGAGCAUGAACCACCCUUCGGUAUACUUGGGAUUCGUAUCCAUUUUGUCGUGGAUAGCCGUGUUUUCGUUGGUGUCGUUUUUGCUGUUGAAAAUCAAAAGAGACAUAUGGACAAAAACAUAAGACGUGAAAAAUAUUAUAUUGCUGUUGUUGUUUUCUUAUUAUUAUUACUAUUUGAAAAACAAUUUUAUUGAAAAAAAAUGUUUCUCUCGCAGCAGACGGUAAUUUUUUACAUUAAAAAAAAUAUUUAUAUAUAAUGUGUAGUACAUGCCUCUCGAUAACAUUAUGUGCACAUCAAUAAUAAUAAUUAUUAUUUAUUAUUUUUUUGUAUAAGACUAUAAGUUCAAAUUUAUAUAUUUUUUUUACAUUAGUUAGUUUACCAUGUAUGGUAAAAACUGUGGUAGGAAACGGAUGUUAUAUUAUAAUUGUUUUAUUCAACUCGCCAUAUUAUACAUAAUAAGUCAUAAUUGUAUCACUUGCUUUGUUGUAUUUUUAAUCAACAAAAGCCGACCUAAUAAAAUCCAUACUCAGUUAAACGUGCAAUGUUGACCCAUUGGCAAGGUCUCUGGUCUCUCCCAUAACUACACUACCGUC